GCCGCGGGACGGCCUCCAGGCAGCGCCCACCUCGCCUUUCACACCAUUUAGAACACUGGGAAUGAAAGAGCCUGAAAGGGACUUUUAAAAUCAGCCCUCAGGACACACGCUCGUGCAUCUGGUGGGGUCGCCUCCUCCAGGAAGGAAGAUGCUGAGACCGGAACGGCCACCUGUCCCCCCUCAGGGGCCAGGGGCCCGGCUCCCCUCAGCGCUGGCCCGGACCCAGACACCCGUCACCCUGGAGGACACCCCAGUGGCAGCUCCCGGCCCUUCGAGGGUCCCGCGUGCGCGUCCUGCUGCCUCGGGAACCACCUGCGUCUGGCUGCAGGACAGCUCUUCACCUGUCUGGGCUAACGCCCAGUUUAAUUGCCCAUCCCAUUGUGUCCUCUCCGCUCGGCCCUGCUCCAGAAGCCCGCAUCACUCCUGCCCGUUUAGACCUUUCUAAAGUCCCUCGGGUUUAUCAGCACAGUCAUUUCACGAGGAGCUAAGAUUUCUGCCAUUUAGGCCCGAGGCAUUGUCUGUCCCUGCGGCAGCCGAGAUAAACCCUCACCCAGAACAAAGUCGCCAUGACCUUUUACAAGUAGGAGCGGCCUUGUUUCCCUCUAGACUAAUUUAUCAGCCUGCUUUCAGCCAGGCACUCAGCGGAGGCCCCGGAGGCGGCUGCCAGGAGGGGACAGGGAUUAGGAUGCCUGGCGGGUCCUCCCCUCCCACGGGCACCUUCGGGUCGGGGCGAAAGCAGGAAAUGGCCGCGGGAAGAGCAGGGAGGGACCGGCCGGGAAGACGCAGUCAGGUGUUUGCCGAAGAGGGCAGGGCCUGUGGGUGGCCGAGCCCCCUCCCCUGGCCUCCUUCUGCGUCAGAGUAAAACCUCACGUGCCGAGGGGGAUCAUGGCUGGAAAUAACAAUAAGGAUAUGAAAUGGCCUGCAGGCCCCGGAGCCCCAGGAGACGCCAUCGUGGGUGACAGCCACGGGUCUGCCCACAGAGCCACCAGCUCCAUCCUCCCUCCUGCCCUGUCCAGAGAGCGGAGUCCCAGGCAGGGACCAGGGAGCAGAGGCCUCUCCCGGGCCAGACCUUGGAGCUUCCCAAGGUCCACGUUUCUAGAAGGUUCCGACGGCUCUGGUGGCUGGAGCUUGGUUCGCACGGGAGCGUCCCAUGGAGUGAACUUCCACCAAGCCUCGUGUGCGUGAAGAGUCACCAGGUGACAAGGACGUGAGUGUGCCCAGCCCAGGGGGAGCCAGCUGAGCCCCCGAGCGCCCCACGCGGGUCCCACCCACCCGAGGGCUUGCCAACCGAGAAGGAGCCAGAGGGCGCACGGCAGCGGGUCCUGACCCCUGCCCAGGCCGUCACCGCCCUGCGCGGUCCCAGGGGGCCCCUGCUGACCCUGUCUCAAAUCUGAGCUUUCCAAGGCGACGCUGGCCCGCGGAGGGCUCAGGGCUGCAGCCCCACCUUCUGUCUGUGUCUCUCUGCGUCCCCGGGAAAUGCGGACGUCGCGGCCUCCCGGGGUCACCUGAAGAAUGAGACCUCGCGUCUCCCGGACGCACAGUCGGCUGUGAUGCCAGACUGCCCGCCAAGCAAAUGCUGACGGAUGCGGAGGUGUCAUCCCAGGAGGUCUGCAUCCAAAAGAUCUCUGAAGACCUGAGCACGGAGAAGCUCUGCAUGGACGCUGCCCCAGCGGGGUCCGGCAGCUGGCUGAAGUACAUCCGGGUGGCCUGCUCCUGUAAUGACCAGAACCUCACCAUGUGCCAGAUCAACGAGCAGAUUUAUUAUAAAGUCAUCAAGGACAUCGAGCCUGGGGAAGAGCUGCUGGUGCACGUGAAGGAAGGCGCGUACUCCCUGGGCCCGGUGCCCCCCGGUCUGGAUGCAGGGGAGCCCACGUUCCGCUGCGACGCCUGUGACGAGCUCUUCCAGUCCAAGCUGGACCUGCGGCGCCACAAGAAGUACGCGUGCGGCUCCGUGGGGGCCACGCUCUACGAGGGCCUGGGCGAGGAGCUCAAGCCGGAGGGGCUCGGCGGUGGGGGCGGCGAGCAGGCCCACGAGUGUAAGGACUGCGAACGGAUGUUCCCCAACAAGUACAGCCUGGAGCAGCACAUGGUCGUGCACACAGAGGAGCGGGAGUACAAGUGUGACCAGUGUCCCAAGGCCUUCAACUGGAAGUCCAACCUCAUUCGCCACCAGAUGUCCCACGACAGUGGCAAGCGCUUCGAAUGUGAAAACUGUGUGAAGGUGUUCACAGACCCCAGCAACCUCCAGCGGCACAUCCGCUCUCAGCACGUGGGCGCCCGGGCCCACGCCUGCCCCGACUGCGGGAAGACGUUCGCCACGUCCUCGGGUCUCAAGCAGCACAAGCACAUCCACAGCACCGUCAAACCUUUCAUAUGUGAGGUCUGCCACAAAUCCUACACGCAGUUCUCCAACCUGUGCCGCCACAAGCGGAUGCACGCCGACUGCCGCACGCAGAUCAAGUGCAAGGACUGCGGGCAGAUGUUCAGCACUACCUCCUCCCUCAACAAGCACCGGCGGUUCUGCGAGGGCAAGAACCAUUACCCGCCGGGCGGCAUCUUCGCCCCGGGCCUGCCCCUCACCCCCAGCCCCAUGAUGGACAAGGCGAAGCCGCCCCCCAACCUCAACCACGCCGGCCUGGGCUUCAACGAGUACUUCCCGUCCCGGCCGCACCCGGGCGGCCUGCCCUUCUCCGCCGCGGCCCCCCCGUUCCCCGCGCUGGCCCCGGGCUUCCCGGGCAUCUUCCCCCCGUCCCUGUACCCCCGGCCGCCCCUGCUACCUCCCACGCCGCUGCUCAAGAGCCCCCUGAACCACACCCAGGACGCCAAGCUCCCCAGCCCCCUGGGAAACCCGGCCCUGCCCCUUGUCUCCGCCGUGGGCAACAGCGGCCAGGGCGCCACGGCCGCCACGGGGCCUGAGGACAAGUUCGAGCGCCGCCUGGAGGACUCAUACGCCGAGAAGCUCAAGACACGGGGCAGCGACCUGUCCGACGGCAGCGACUUCGAGGACGUCAACACCACGACCGGGACGGACCUGGACACGACCACGGGCACGGGCUCAGACCUGGACAGCGACGUGGACAGCGACCGGGACAAGGCCAAGGACAAGAGCAAGGCGGCCGAGGGCAAGCCCGAGUGCGGGGGCGGCGCGGCGCCCCCGGGUGCCCCGAACAGCGUGGGCGAGGUGCCAGUCUUCUACUCCCAGCACGCCUUUUUCCCGCCGCCCGACGAGCAGCUGCUGGCCGCCUCGGGCGCCGCGGGCGACUCCAUCAAGGCCAUCGCCUCCAUCGCGGAGAAGUACUUUGGCCCCGGCUUCGUGGGCAUGCAGGAGAAGAAGCUGGGCUCGCUGCCCUACCACUCUGUGUUCCCCUUCCAGUUCCUACCCAACUUCCCCCCGGCCCUCUGCCCCUUCGCGGACCGCUCCCUCGCCCACAACUUGCUGGUCAAGGCCGAGCCGAGGUCGCCCCGGGACGCCCUCAAGGUGGGCGGCCCCAGCGCCGAGUCCCCCUUCGACCUCACCACCAAACCAAAAGAGGCAAAGCCCGUGCUGGCCGCGCCCAAGGCGCCCCCGGCGCCAGCGUCCGGGGAGGAGCAGCCACUGGACCUGAGCAUCGGUAGCCGCGUCCGAGCCAGCCAGAACGGAGGGGGGCGGGAGCCCCGCAAGAACCACGUCUACGGGGAGCGCAAGCUGGGGGCCGGGGAGGGGCUGCCCAAGGCGUGCCCGGCACAGCUGCCCCAGCAGCCCUCCCUGCACUACGCCAAGCCAUCGCCCUUUUUCAUGGACCCCAUCUACAGCAGGGUAGAGAAGCGGAAGGUGACAGACCCCGUGGGAGUCCUGAAGGAGAAGUACCUGCGGCCGUCCCCUCUGCUCUUCCACCCCCAGAUGUCAGCCAUCGAGACCAUGACAGACAAGCUGGAGAGCUUCGCGGCCAUAAAGGCGGAAGCGGGCAGCUCCCUGCAGCCCCUCCCCCACCACCCCUUCAACUUCCGGUCCCCACCCCCCACGCUGUCAGACCCCAUCCUCAGGAAGGGCAAGGAGCGGUAUACAUGCAGGUACUGUGGCAAGAUAUUCCCCCGAUCGGCAAACCUCACGAGACACCUGAGGACGCACACCGGGGAGCAGCCGUACAGGUGUAAGUACUGCGACCGCUCCUUCAGCAUCUCCUCCAACCUGCAGCGGCACGUCCGGAACAUCCACAACAAGGAGAAGCCCUUCAAGUGCCACCUGUGCAACCGCUGCUUCGGGCAGCAGACCAACCUGGACCGGCACCUCAAGAAGCACGAGCACGAGCACGCCCCAGUGAGCCAGCACUCCGGGGUCCUCACAAACCACCUGGGGACCAGUGCCUCCUCCCCCGCGUCCGAGUCAGACAACCAUGCACUUUUAGACGAGAAAGAGGACUCCUAUUUCUCUGAAAUCAGAAACUUUAUUGCCAAUAGUGAGAUGAACCAAGCAUCAACGCGAACAGACAAACGGCCGGAGGUCCAGGACCUGGACAGCAACUCCCAGUGUCCGGGCCUGGCCAGCGGGAAGCCGGAGGACGUGGAGGAGGAGGAGGAGGAAGAGGAGGAGGAGGACGACGACAGUCUGGCGGGGAAGUCCCAGGACGACACCGUGUCCCCCACGCCCGAACCCCAGGGUGCCUAUGAGGACGAGGAGGACGAGGAUCCGCCCACCUCCCUGGCCGUGGGCUUCGAACACACUCGAAGGUGUAUUGAGGAGCAACCAGGCGGUCUGUUAGCUUUGGAGCCGAUGCCGACUUUUGGGAAGGGGCUCGAUCUGCGCAGAGCAGCUGAGGAAGCGUUUGAAGUUAAAGAUGUGCUUAAUCCCACCUUAGACUCUGAGACUUUAAAGCAGACACUGUACAGGCAGGCUAAGAACCAGGCGUAUGCAAUGAUGCUGUCCCUCUCCGAGGAGGCUCCUCUCCACACCUCUUCCCAGAGCCCUCUGGAUGCCUGGUUAAACAUCACGGGAGCCACGCCAGAGUCCGGAGCCUUUAACCCCAUCAACCACCUCUGACGGGCCCAGGACGGGCUGGGGUCUGAGUCCAAGCAAGGCAUCGUGGGGCCCCGACGUCCCAACAGAAGUCCCGGCUGCGGGAGAUGGAGAAGUGAGCCUUGGGGAGCGGCGUGGCCUGGGCCAGAGAGACCCCCCCAUCACCUGUGUGGAUCACUCCUCAGCACCCCCCCACACACACACACACACUAUGGUUCAGCUCUAACUUUUCCGGUGAAAACUCAGAACCCAGGAGUCGCUGAGCGGUCCUGGAGCCCCACCGUCUAAGAAUUGGUCUCCGGAACAGCGUUCCAGAAAUGGUACAACGCACGGCCGGCCACGUGCGGCUCGCGGGAGCUGCUCACGGAACCGACCCGCCGGGUGAGGGCGGGAUUUCAAUCCCAAACUGAAGCCAGCCGGGCCACUUUGGCACCCGCCUGGUGCCUCGGAAAGGAACGGACAGACACGGGUGUGCCCUGGAAAGGGAGAUCGCCCCAACGAUUUUUAUAAUGAGAAUCACGAGAGUAACCCUUUUGGUAAUCUUAUUGACGACAGAGUCUAUUUAAGCAUGUGGUUUUAAAAAUAGACAGUAUUUUUUAAAGAAUCGAAAAAUGACUUGCAAAUUGUUUUUUAAGAGUAAUUUUGCAUUGCUUUGAAAUCUCAGCCUAUUUGCAAGCCCACACUGGGAACUGGUACCGUGUUUGGGUGUGCUCUUUAUACUGUAGAUAACGGAGAAAUUUUCUAUCCCUGACCGUGUUUGUAAAGCCGUGAUUCUGCCCCCCCCCCCACCACCACCCCAGCCCUGCGCAGAACCAAGGGGGCUGGGGCCCUCCCCUGGGAGCAGUUUCAGACUGUACCUCGGAAUUCUUAGACGUGGUGUCCUGGGCUGGCCCAAGGCUGGGAGGUGUGUGUGGCAUGUGAGUCGUGCCUGUGGCCCCCACCAAGACCCCCCCGAUUGAACGGGGAAGGUGGGAGCCGCGGCUCUGGUCCCCUGUGCAAGGGUGGGCUUGGCAUCCCACGCUCCUGCCCACACGGCCUGCAUAUCAGCCACACCCACGCCGGCCACCCUGCCGAAGGGGGGCCCCACUGGCCACACCGGGUCUCCAGCCCGACCCCCACCCGCACCGUCAGACGGACAAGGGGGAGAGUGGGCAUCCCCCGUGGCCGCCGUGGGGCGCGUUCUGCGGCUGCCCUGCCCGAGGCCACCCGCCAGGCUCUGUGCCCGCGUGAGACCCGGGCUCCAGGACACGACCACCACCUCUGCUCCACGCGCGGCUUCCUGGCGGGCCGGCCCGGCUCCAGAACGGAAGGGCAUCCAGGUGGGACCUGCCUCGGGAGCAAAGACAGCACAGCCCGGUCGGGACGGGUCUGCUUCUCCACUCGGAUGGGCUUUAAGUUAUUCCCAUAGGGGCCAAUUUCAACUCAUAAUUUGUUUCCCUGAUGGAAUUUACCUGAAUCUGUAUAUAACUUGUAAUUUUUUCUAAUUCAUUUCUUUUCUUAUUUUAUUUCUUCCUUAACAGUAUUUUGGCAUUAGACAUUCUUAUUGUGAAGAAAUAUUGUUAAUAUAAGUAUCUAGUGAAGGACCAAAACCGUGUAUAAGGUUGUGUGUUGUGUGAUUGAUAACCAGGGAGCGGGGAGGUUUUAAAUGUGCCAAAUACCCCCGCGCCCCCCGACGGAUCCUGCUGCCCCGUUUCCAGACAAUCACGUGUUUUUGUUAAAUUAGAGUCUCAGUUACCUUUGCAUUUAAGACAAGUGUUCUAUUUAUUUCUUUUAUUGUUUGGAAGAAAAAAAAAGAGUAAGAGUGUCCCAACAAGAGAAAAAGAUCGCCCAAGUGGCCCUUAAAAAAGAAUGUAGACGCAAGCGGUGAGGGCGCGGCCGCACCUGAGGACGGGGGUCUGGCGGGGGACGAGUCCUUGGCUCUGGCCCAGGGGCAGUAGGCAGGCCGGAGCAGCCGCGCCCCCGGGUCCCCCCCCGCCACUCCAGGCCAGCGACAAUCGUCUGUGUCAGCGCUGGAGGCCCGCGUGGGGCCCGCGGGCCCCGGCGAAAGGGUUCCCACCCCGCUCUCGGUCCACAGGAGGCAGCGAGACCCAGCCGGCCUCGCGGGCGCCCGGGCCGCUCACACGCGUGUGCGGCUGGAAGGUGGCCGCGCUCCAGGAAGAGCUGAGGCUUUGCAGGCGGGGCCCCCUCACCUCCUCACACGCACCCGCCUCCACCCCGGGCCCGCCAGGCGUGGCGUGGGCUUUCCGAUUUCCCCUCCCUCCGCGUCGGACCGUUUCGCAGAGCCGGCCUCGGACAUAAACGCCCACUUCUGUAAACCCAAAUUACAUUUCUUCUGCGAAAGA